UGUGCUUGUCUGUCCAGUAACCGAUAUGCAUAUUAUUCAUUUUUUCUUUGUCAUUAUUAUAUGGCAUGAUAUAUUUAAAACGCCCCACGACUUCUCUACAUACAUUAAUAUGUUGGGCAUUUAGGUUUAGCUAUAGAGUGGAAGAAAGCUCAACAAAGACAUGUAAAUACUUUUACAGCAUUCGUUCGCUUCGAUAUUUUUCGCCUCAGUCAUCCGGUUGGAAAAUUGUUUAACGCCUAAGAAUAACAGCCGUUAUCAUAAAAUAAAUUAAGUCGUUCACUUUCGUUUUCUAUCCGUGGGAUUUAUAUCAAAUGCAUCAGGUGUUGCUUAGCUCUAUCAAGUCACUGGCUCUUGACUCCUGUUCAAAGUCAAUGACUCGGUGAAGUUAAAAAAUUUGGUUUGGGUUAGUGAACAAAAUAUUUUAAGUUUAAAGUGCUUUGGUAGUUUGGUCUUCUUAAUAGUGAUGCAGAAGUCAAUAUUCUAGGUAGCAUCUUCGAGUUUCUGAGUGUGGAUUAUAAUAGGACGAGGAAUUAAACGAAUGUGUUUAUUAAACGGAUAGCAUGGGUUGUACAUUUUGAACCCGAGCUUUCGUUGCCUAACUUCAUAUCCAUAUUAAUCCUACAUUGCUUGAAAUUUACUCCCCAUCUUAAAAACUUUCUAUUUUGACCGAAAUUAGCCAGGCAAAAACGUUAGUUACUGUUUCACAGUCAGCUAAUGGACACUACUUUCCAUCUUCAAUUAGAAGUAUUGGAUAUGUUGUCUACCUUACAGACUUAAAUGGCGUUUCUUUUAAAACUUCUUUCGCUAUUUUAGGUUUCUUUGAACGUUUUGUACAAACGAGCCUUCAUAUUCACUCAACAAAAAUAUUAGCUUAAGAAUAUUUGGAGGAUUUAUAAAUGAGUAACAUACACAACUUUUCAUGAACAAGGUCUGGAGGUAUCAUCUAAGGUAUAGUACACAAAGCAGGGCACAAACUAUUGUGCACCAUGCUCAGUGAACCUGCUUCCCCAUAUGCAUUUUGUAAAGAUUUGCAGAACUUAAUCAUUGUAACAGAAGAGCAAAUCAUUUCACCUUUGCGUAAAGAGUUAAAAAGAAGUGAUGAACAUUCCGAAAUUUUAUCACUUGAGAUACAAGACGCUGAGAAUAAGACUUUUGAAUAUUUAGCCCAGCAGAUUUCAGCUAUUUGUAAUGCUGAUGAAGACACAGCUAAUGCCAUCCUGCGUGAAUAUCCAAAAUCAGAAGUUUGUUUUCGAUGUCUCGGUAUUAAUGAUGACACUAUACAGGGUCUUCUUCGUAUUCGGGGUAUUGGCUUUCUACAAUUGUUAGAUAUGCCUGACAGUGAAGUGAGAACAAUCUUACAAAAUUAUGGAGACUAUGGUGAGGAAGUUGAUCAUGUACUUGCUGGCCUUGCAAAAAUACGCGGAAAUAUUGAUCUUAUUGAAAGUGACUUGGCAUUUGAAGAUGAUACCAGGAACUUAAUCAAAUUGGUGAUGCGUUUGUCUGAUGAUGAUUCUCAAGUUGAAGAACUAAACAAUAUCCUUAACGCUCAAAUUUACGAAGAACGAAAGGAUCCUCGUAUACCUCCUUUAUAUGUUACUGGUCCUGAAGAUUCUCCUUUAGUUAACAAAGAAAUUUCUGUACAGAACUCAUCUCAUAAAAAUACUAAAGUAGUUGUUUGCUCUCAUUUAGAGCACGACACAUCCUGUGGAAAUCUUACUGGCCAUUCAAAUCCGGAUAAUAUUAAUACAUUUAAAAUUGGUUGCGAUGUCAAUUACAAUGGCCGUAGUUCGUUUACUUCCCCACAUGCUUCCAGUUGUAUCACCAUAAAUAGUCCACAGAACGUCACAAAUAAAUUUCAUUCUGCAAAAUUGUGCAAAACUGAUUUUAAGACAUUUAAUCUUUUCCCAGGUAUAUCUGAUUCGAAUAUUCCUUCAGAAAUUGACUUACGUAACGGCGGGCUUUCAGUACCUUCUACUCCCAUCUCACAUAAAUUAUCCUCGACUAUUUUAACACCCUCAAAUCCUUUUAAAGCAGGUCGUUAUACGCUACCGAAUGAAGGGAUUUCUCUUUCUCCCGGUGGGCGUCGGGCAGGCAAUCAUUCGUCUCGAGAUCGCGAGCAUCAGACUCGUCAGGCAGGGACUCCGCCACCAAAACAUCGUUUAAAAUUUUUUUCUCCGCUUCAUCGUAGCAAGUCUCAUGAAUCUAACCUUGCCAAUCGUAUUAUUUUACCUGUCCUCCCAAAUGUACCACAGUUCCACCAAGAAACAAACUCUGCCUGUUGUAUUAGUAGACCACAGUUGUUAUUAUGUAAUUCGAUUUCUCCGGAUGCCUCCAGUAAUUUACACAACAAUUAUUUCAGUUAUUCUGAGUGUAUAAAUGGCAGUCGACCGUGUAUAACUACUACUCAAUGUGGUGUAUGCGUUAACAGCGAUGUUAUUUCAAAUGGGAAUAAAACAGUUUCAACAUUUUAUCAUACUUCUUCCAUUAGUGAUAGUACUUCCACACUUGUCACAAGUCCACGUACCUACGAUCAAGGUCGACGCGUGUCUUGUGAAUAUCGACCAUCAAAGACUAAUUUACAGCCUUUGAUGACUACAUCUGCAGAUAGUGACAAUUUAUUAGGUGUCCUUAAUGUUCCAACUAACUCAGGUGGGGCCACAUUUGUUGUCAGUGCAAGUGGAUUUAUGCACAAAUUUGAAUUGGAAUCUAAAUUUGGUGAUUUUGUUAAAGGUACUCCAUGCGCUGUUUGUAAUAAUCGAAUGCGUUUUCGUUUACAACAUUGUGCUUACUGCAGAAUCAAAGUACAUAAAAGUUGCGUUUCUCAUUCAAGACGACUUGCUUGCACAGGACCUUCCAGUGGACAAAACAAUGAAUUACACGAAUUCAAAGGUUCUCCAAAUAUAUUUCGUCAAUUGCAUGCAAAUAUCUUAACAACUAGUCAAACAAAUCUUCGUCCUGCACAUUCUACUCCAGCAUUUCAAAGUUCUGAUUCCAAUAGUGCUUCUUCAUGUACAAGUUCUACACCAGGUUCACCAUUUGUCACGGGUACAUCAUUAAUUAGUACAACAUUAGCUGCAUCAUGUUGUACUCGUUUAGACAGUAGUUAUGUUGCUGUUGGUAGUAAUAAUAUUAGUGGUAGUUGUAAUACUACUGGUCAAAUGAUUUCAUUAUCUUCUCCUCCAUUACGAAAUUUAAACAACAGUGGUGGUUUUAUAUGUAAUCAUUCUAAUACAAGUCAUUUAUCUUCACCAGUUAGUAUACAUUCUUAUGGGACAGUUAAUACUGGAAUUGUAACUAAUACACAACAACAACAACAAGUACAUUCUCCUCGACAUUCUGGCCAGUGUUUUAAUCAUUUUGAAUUUCCAAGUGUCAGUCAUCCAAUCAUAGAUAAUCAGUUACUAGACGGGAAUUUAAGUAAUAAUGUGAAUAAUAAUGAUUCUUUAAUUAGUACUGCGUCUUCUGCAGAAAGUGAAAGAACUGUUAUUAACAAUUCAGUACACCGGUUUGAAUCAAUGGAUAGUCAAGAUGAAUCAUCUUUGAUGAGAACUAAUAGUAUAUCAGUUACAUUAAAAGAAUGGGAUAUACCAAUGGAAAAUUUAUUUAUUGGUGAAAUAAUUGGACGUGGUACAUUUGGUACAGUAUAUCGUGGUAAAUGGCAUGGUGAAGUAGCUAUUAAACGUAUCGAUUUUGAUCCAGAAGAUGUAGAUGAUUCAAUACGUGUUGAAGCAUUUAAACGUGAAGUUGCAUUAUUACAUAAAACACGUCAUGAAAAUUUAGUAUUAUUUAUGGGUGCUUGUAUGAAAGCACCUGAUUUAGCUAUUGUUACACAACUUAGUCGAGGUGAAACAUUAUAUCAUUUAAUUCAUGAUCGUGAUUUAAAAACUCGAAAUUUAUUUUUAGAAGAUAAUUCACGUGUUGUUAUUGGUGAUUUUGGUGUAUUCAAUUUUGUACGUCUUUGUAAAAAAGCUAAAUGGGGCAAUUAUUUAAAUGUUCCACCAUUUUGGUUAUGCUAUAUUGCACCAGAAAUUAUUCAUGCACUUAACAUUGGUUAUGUACUGGCUACUACAACUAAUGAACUACCAUUAACUACAUCUUCUGAUGUUUUCGCUUUUGGUACUGUAUGGUAUGAACUGUUAACUAAUGAAUACCCUUUCAAAGGAUUACCUGCUGAAGCUAUCACCUACUUAGUUGGACAUGGUGUAAAACCUAAUUUACGAAUUCAAUGUCCUAAAGAUUUUAAGGAAAUUCUUGUUCAAUGUUGGGCAUACAAUCCAAGUAAACGACCAGAAUUUACAACUUUAGUUAAAUUAUUAGAUCGUCUGCCAAAAUUACAUCGUAGUCCUUCUUAUCCAGCUAAACCAUAUACUGGUGUAGCAUCUGGUUCACAUGGUAGUCUUCUAGCUUAAUAAUGAUCAAUAAAUCAGCCUAAGGAUCGAUUCGUAAAAUACAACAUUAUCUAUCAUCUGGGAUUUCUCUUGAUGUUAUGAUGAAUGAUGUGGAGAAGCCUACACUUUUUCUUUUGAUUUCAUCAUAGUUAACUCCACUGUAAUACUAGUUGAACAAAUUCAAAAGUUUGUAAUUCGGAAUACCUUGCUAUGUAAGUGACCUAAACAACAAAUAAUUUACUUUUUUGUCCACCGGACUUGGAUACAUAUUUACUUUGCCUUUAAAAUUAAAACUUCCUUAAGCACUUUUCAUCUUUUUUUAUUCUCUAAGUUGUUAGUCGUGCAUGUAUCAGUUAAUGUACAUUGUUUUACUAAAUUGAACUGAUAUCUUAAGCGCUAUUUAUUUGUGAUCCUAUUUGUCUCACAAUUACAUACAUAUACAAACACACACACACCUCGACGACGACGACGGCGCAUUCUUCAUUAAACAUGAAGUAUUUCAUAUGAAAAGUCCUGUGUUUGAGUGUACAUGUAUACGAACUGUAUCACUCUAUAGUGUUUGAUAGCAAAUACAUAAUGUAUAUUCUUUCUUUCUUUCCCAAGGGGUACCGGUUGUUUGUUUAGUUUAUUUUUUUUUUACUAGUCUUUCAUUUCACUUACUAAUUACACAAUAGAAUAUGUGUUGUGUAGAAGAGAACGAAAUCUAUGUGUGUGUGUGUGUGUGUAGACGUGCAGGUAGAUGGAUUCCACUUUGUUAAAGAAGGUUGUCAAUGAUUUGCACAGAAUUUUUUUCCCUCUCUAUUUGUUUAUAUUGUAAAUGUAAUUUGUACACCUUAUUUACUAAUAUUAUAUCGUUCUAUUUUUCUUUCUGUACAUGAUUGUAAAUGAUAAAUUACAACUUACUAUUUAUAUAGUAACUAAUCAUUAUUAUUAUUACCUUUUCUGGUUAACUUUGUACAAAUAUUUCUCUUGUUUAACUGAAUUAAAAACAGAAACAAUUUGAAUUGUGAUGUAUUAUUGAUGCCUUUUUUCCACCUCUCCACAUGAAUGUUUAGAGGUUAAGCGCUCGUGCGCGAGACUGAUAAGAAUUGGGUUCGAAUCCCUCAAGGCGGGGUCGUGAGUGCGCACUAAUAGGGAGUUCUACAAUAAGACGAAAUGGCCGUACAGGGCUUUUAGAUUUUCCAUGAUGGUCUAACUUCAAUUGAC